CGGGGAUACCUCACACAGCAAUAUUUUCCCGGAACAGCCAACAACUCGUGGACCAAAAUACUAGAUAUAAGAAGCACAGAGACCACGACGCAAGAUAACCAUUCUUCUGCCCUUCAAACUCAAUUCGAAUAAAUCGAUUGAAAGCAUUUCAGCCUCCAAAGUGGCAAAUUGAAAAGCACUAUCUACCAAAACAAUUCAACAAAGGCCAUCCGACAUGCCUACUCUUCUCGGAAGGCAAGUCGGCUCUACAGGCUAUGGACUCAUGCGCAUGACAUGGAACCCUUCCCCGCCUCCUAAAGAAACCUGCUUCGAAACCCUCAACACAGCCCUCGAACUCGGCGCCAACUUCUGGAAUGGCGGCGAAAUCUACGGAACAUCCAACUAUAAUUCGUGUCACUUGCUACAGGCGUAUUUUGAGAAAUACCCUCAAAACGCGGAUAAGGUCGUACUUAGCAUCAAGGGCGGCACGGUCAAGGGCGGGCUCCAACCAGAUGGCUCGGAAGAGAAUAUACGUCGUAGUGUUGAUGACUGUUUGAAAGUGUUGAAGGGCACAAAGUCGAUUGACAUCUUUGAGUGUGCCCGACAGGAUCCUAAAACAACUGUCGAGCAAACGGUUACGAUUUUGGCUAAGCUGGUUAAGGAGGGUAAGAUUGGAGGUAUUGGUUUGAGUGAGGUUGAUGCUGAGACUAUCCGACGAGCACACAAGGUCCAUCCUAUUGCUGCAGUAGAGGUUGAACUAUCCCUCUGGUCGCUCGACAUACUCGAAAACGACAUUGCUAAAACCUGCGCUGAACUCAACAUCCCCGUCAUCGCGUACUCCCCACUAGGUCGAGGUGCGUUCACCGGAGAAAUCACCAAAUUGACGGAUAUUCCAGAGGGAGACUUCCGGCGUCACGUGCCCAAGUUUCAUGACGGCAACUACGAGAACAAUCUGAAGCUUAUCCAGGAGGUUGCGAGUUUGGCUAAGCGGAAGAGUGUUGCUCCCGCACAGAUCGCUCUUGCAUGGGUGCGAAGUCUGAGUGACAAGCCUGGUCUACCUACUAUCAUUCCAAUUCCGGGUGGAACGACUAAGGACAAAGUCAUACAGAACAUGCAGGGUGUUGAAACUUUGACGGAUGAGGAAAUGGCGGAAGUCGAUGCCUUGUUGAAGAAGCAUGAGGUCAAGGGGACUCGCUAUUAGCGCAGCACAUAAUGUUUCUAUGAUCGAGUUGCAUGAUUCAUGAAUAUUAACUGAAGAUCUACUU